GCAGCAGCAGCAGCAGCAGCAGCAGCUUCGGGGGCGUGUGGUGUGCGCCUGUGCCGUGCUCCCCCUGUGUGGAUCCGCCAGUGCGAAACUCGCCGUGUUGCAGGACGCGCGCCACCGUGCCACAGCUCCAUUGCCAAUCCUGAUGCUCGCACGCGCCUCUUAGCCCGGAGGUACGAUUACGCGUGCUCGAUUACGCCUGCUGCCCCUCGCGACCAGCAGUUCCACAGUCGUCGGAGAAACGAGCGACGGUGCAGCAGUUGACAGUGCUGGUGCUUGCCGAUCCGCGGACACGCGCGCACACACCGUCGCACGGCAGAGGGCGAGAGCGACGAGGAGGAAGGAUGUCGCGGGUGCUGGAGCUGCUGCUCGUCCUCGGCGCCCUGUCCAGCUGCGCCGCUCAGGCGGUGUCUGAGCGGCUGGAACUAGCUCCCGCUGGCAGCAGAUCCGAACCACAGGUGGCGACGCUAUGCGAGGCGGGUGAGGUGUACCUGGCGCAGCACAUGGGCGACCAAGGACGGUGGAUCUCGUCGACGGACACCAAGAGCUGCAUGACCGACAAGCUAGAAAUUCUAGAAUACUGCAAGAAGGCCUAUCCCAAGAGAGACAUCACCAACAUCGUCGAGUCGUCGCGUUACACCCGAGUCAGCGGCUGGUGUAAGCCCGGCAAGAACAAAUGUAAGCUCUCGAGAUGGGUCAAGCCCUACAGAUGUCUUGAAGGCCCCUUCCAGAGCGACGCGCUGCUCGUGCCGGAGGGCUGCUUAUUCGAUCAUCUGCACAACGAGACCAAAUGCUGGGAGUCAUUCAGAUGGAAUUCGACGGCUGCGGAUACCUGCCGCGAGCGCAACAUGAAUCUACGGAGCUUCGCCAUGCUACUGCCCUGCGGCAUCAGCCUCUUCGCCGGCGUCGAGUUCGUCUGCUGUCCGAAACACUUGAAAGAGAACAUGAAGCUGAAGAAGCACUACGAGAUGCACGUGCCUAAGGGGCUGGUGGAUGACUUGGAGGAGGAGGAUGAGAAUUUGAACGACGACGCCGAUCAAGACGACGACGCCGACGACGAUUCCGAGUCCGACGAGAACGUGGACGACGUGCUCGGCGAUCAGCCUGACGACGAGGACGAGAGCAACGAGGAUUACAUCGAGGACGACGAUACUUCUACCAGGCCAUCGUCGUCGGCCCCGCCACCGUCAAGCAGCACGAACAAGCAGAAGGAGGCGAACUCGAUGGAGAGCACGAGCAACAACGCCACUGCGAGUCCAAGCGCUUCCAACGGAGGCAGCAGCAGCACUCAGCAGCCGGGAUUCUUGGCGCACGGUACCCCCGAUCCCUACUUGACCCACUUCGAUCCGCGCUCCGAGCACCAGAGCUACAAGCAAGCGCAGAUGAGGCUCGAGGAAAUUCACAAGGAGGAGGUUACCAAGGUGAUGAAGGACUGGAGCGACCUGGAGGAGCGCUACCAGGACAUAAGGGCGCGCGAUCCAGGAGCCGCCGACGCCUUCAAGCGCUGGAUGACCGUGCGCUUCCAGCAGACCGUCGCGGCUCUCGAGGCAAGCGGCGCCGCCGAGAAGCACCAUCUCAGCGCGAUGCACCAGCAGCGCGUGCAGGAGACGGUGAAGCAGAGGAACGAGGAGGCCAUGUCCUGCUACACAGCGGCGCUGAACGAGAUCCCGCCUAACGAGCACCGCAUCCAGAAGUGUCUGCAGAAGCUGCUGCGGGCGCUGCACAAGGACCGCCACCACACGAUCGCGCACUACAAGCACCUGCUGGACAGCAGCCUGGAGCAGGCGCAGCGCGAGAAGCCGGCCACGCUGGAGCACCUCGCCGACAUCGACCGCAUCACCAAUCAGAGCCUGCUCAUGCUGCAGCGCUACCCGGAGCUGAUCGACAAGAUCGGCAAGCUGAUGAACGACUACGUGCUGGCGCUGCGCAGCAAGGACGAGACGCCGGGGCUGCUGCUGGCGAUGACGCGCGAGGCCGAGGCCGCCAUCCUGGACAAAUUCCAGGCGGACGUUGCGAGCAAGCAGCAAGAGAAAGAGCACCAGAAGCAGCUGGAGCGCGAACGCAAAGAGCAGCGCAAGGCCGAGAGAGGCGAGCUAAGGAGCGAGCAGCAGCAGCAGCUGAUCAAGGAGGAGGCGGGCGACGAGCAGCCGCAAACGGUCACGCCGGUCCAGAAGCAGCCGCAGCCGCAGCCUCAGCAGCAGCAACAGCAGCAGCAAGAGCAGCAGGAGCAGCAGCAGCAACAACAGCUGUCAGAGCUGGACGAGGACGAGGAGAUAGAGGACGACCUAAAGCCACAGGCGCAGAAGAAGGACCAGCAGCAGCAACAGCAGCAGCAGCAGCAGCAGCAGCAGCAACAGCAACAGCAGCAACAGCAACAGCAGCAGCAGUCGGUGCUGGAGCACGAGGAGAUGAUGAUGCAGCAGGACGAACCCAUGACGGCGCACGCUCUGGCUCACGAGCCUCUGCCGAUCGUGCCGCGUCGCGAGUCGCACGAGCCGGUCGCACAGGCGCAGACGGCCCUCAAGCACGAGCAGGCGCCCAUCCGCGCCUCGCACAGCAUCAAGCAGGAGAACUACCACUCCGAGCCCAGCUACUCGGUGAGACGCGACGUCUACCACCGUGAGAGCAGGUCGAUCUACUUCACCCUGGCAUUCGCUGGCAUCGCCCUGAUGGCCGCCACCGUGGUCGGCGUUGCGGUAUUUAAGCGACGCAACGCGCGAAGUCCUCACAGCCAGGGCUUUAUCGAGGUGGACCAGGCGGCAACUCCGGAGGAGCGACACGUGGCCAACAUGCAAAUCAACGGCUACGAGAAUCCCACCUACAAGUACUUCGAGGUCAAGGAGUAAAGGCCAGCUCUGGCUGAGAGAGGUGGCACCGGAGAGCCAGAGAGCCGCAGCACAGACACACGGAAAUAGAACGAACGUCACGUGAGCGAGACCGGGCGAAGGAGAAGCGACCGGCUCCGUGUAGCUCGCUCGCCUUUUCCACCCUCAACCCCUCACCCCUCCUCCUCCCCCCCCCCCGCCGCCCUCGACCCCUCACCACCAAGUGCGUGUGCGAAUGUGCGACCAAGUUUUUUCCUUUCGCGACUUUCCCCAUUACCUCUGCCUCCCUCCCAUCCGCCGUAAUCCUCGGCUUUCUUCCUGUCGCUCCGACACGCGUUUUUUUUUCUUUCUUCGCGGGGCAUGAAACAGACAAAGAACUUGAUGAGAAAAUACUUAUUCCUCCCUCCCCGCCCCAACAAACACGUGGAUAUAUCCCCUUAUCCCUGAUCACGCAUAUCCUGCGAGGCCGCGUAGCAAAGUCAGUCGUAUUAGCCAAGAGCAAGAAACACACACGUGUGCACGGUCUCGCAGAUAACACAAAAGAAAGAACAGUAGUCGUCGACGUAAGAGAAGUUUUUAUAUAUUUGUAGGGGUGUAGUGCGUGCGCCAACAAAAAACCAAUAAAAAACAAAAGAAAAGAAAAAAUUAAAAAAAAAACAAAAAAAAAACAAAAAAACAAAAAAACAAAAAAAGGCCGUUCGAACAACCAUCGGCCGCAGCGACCGAUACAGGGACAGGGUCGUUGCAAAGAUGUUGGACGCGGGAUAGUAAUAUCGAAGCAAAUGACGAAGGCAGCCAUGGCAAGUUUCUCAGAGUGGAGAGUGCAUCCAUCUUGCACGUGGUCGAGCCGCUUGAUCCCUUCUCUAUAAAACGAUACGAGCCAUGCUUACUCACGCCACGGACACUCGUGCAUCUAUCAAGUAAGUGUAGGCAGCAAGCACCGUCACCAUUUUCCAGGAAAAAGUGUUUUGCGCAGCCUCUGUCACGCUUGCGGAACCCAAAGACGUCAAGUUAUAUCUCAAGCUUCGCGAAUUAUUAGCCGGCGCUAUAUCGUUGAUAAAUAAAUAUAUAUUAUAUAUAUGUACGUAUAAAUGAGAACGAGAAAAACCAAUGUCCUAGAUAACGAAGCGACUACUCAGGACACUUUUUCCUCCAGCUCGCAGGCUGGCAGCUCUUAGUUGCUAUUAUUAUUGUUCUUCGUUCAUCAGACAAACGAGCGACGUCGAUGGCGCGUGUUUCUUUUUUAUCUCUCGCGAUAUCUUUCGAUCCCUGACGAUCUCUACUUUGCUUUCACUGAAUAUAAAUAUAUAAAUAUUAUAUAUAUUGUAUACUUAAGCGACGCAUACGUGACGAAAAGAAGACCAAUUAAAACAGACGCAUGACGCGGUACUUGAUGAUGGUAUUGGCGCAGUUCCUCUACAAUGUUCCCGCGAUGGAUUUUGUAUUGACAAAGCCGACACAUAUACGACAAUUACAUACAUUAUACACACACACGGCUCAAAAACCGAGAUUAAAAUGAGGGCGCUCUGUUUCAAUUACCUUGAUUGAGCAAUACUUAGAAUUACUGAUCGAGUAUUAUUAAGACUUAGUUGAAGCAUCCAUGCCAAACAAACACGACCACUCGAAAAAGUUUUUUUCCUCGGUUUAUGUACAAAUUCUUCGAUUUACGUAGACUUGAAAUUAAAAUGCAUGCAGACAUUCGCAAAAGUGAAAGGUUAUUCAAUAGCUUUGUACUUUCAAAAAAAUAUGGUGCAGCUCAUACAAUUUGAUUAUAUAACCAAAUUGUCGAAGAUACACACACACACACGCACGCACGCACGCACGACAGACAAAACACAUCACCGUUUUAGUCGACAGUAUAAUUAGCGCACGAUUGAAAGCAAUAACUUCGAAUACGAACUUAAAACAUGGUCUUGAUUCAUAUAAAAUUAAAAUAAUAGAUAGUCUAAUUGGCACGUUCCGAAGAAGCAAGGAGAAAUAUCGACCAAGUAUAUUUUAAUACAGCUUUAGUAAUCCGAAUACUCACUUCACUUCGCGCUUUAUAAAAAUUGCAUCGUCACGAACGCAUAUUUUCAUUAAAAUAAUCGACUGCAUAUAUCGUUAAUCCAGUUGAAGGGAAAGACUCGUCAUUUAUGAAAGUGUAGAUGGAUUAAAAACGAUAUUUUACACUAAUUUUCCAUUGAAAAUCGUUAUUUAGGAUAAUACGAUCAACUAUUAAAACUAAUAGUAAAACGGGACCUGACAAGACGAAAAAUGACAUCUCUGAGUAAGUUAAAAAGCUUAUGGUAAAUGUAAAGCCAAGUCUGGAAUGAUCGUUGAUUCGGAAUGAAAAACAAAAAAACAAGCUUCUGGAGUUCUCUUGCAAAUGCCGCUUUAUCGUCUCUAUAUUCCACGGGGAAAAUGAAUUCUCAAGCUUCUCAAUUCGCAGAUAUCACAAGUAUAUAAACCCAGAAGCUUUGAAGCUUCGCCACGAGCUUUCAAUUUUCACAGGUAUAAGAGAUAAAUUUCAAUGAUUUAGUACGAUACACUAAAAACAAUACACUUGAAACUAUUUUGUUACACUCGUCGAGUACCGGGAAUGUAAGCACUCGGACAUCGACAAACUAUUGUUGUUUGCAAGUGGCGCGUCGUCGCGCAAUGCGCCUCGGCGCUUCGAUUUGAAAAAUUAUUGCCAAGGGAAAGAAAGCAUUUGGAAAUGUUGUCGAUGCCCGAAGCACCGAUUGAUAAAAAAAAAGCGAGCGUGAAAUAAAUAUUGGUUUUCAAUAGUGCGCACCAGUGACUCAUAUAUAGUUUUUUGGUAGUACACACAAAUUAUAUUGAUAAACACUAUUAAACGAUAUUAAUAUUAUGAGAAAAACACAACACUAAUAAUUAUCUAUAAUAAAAAAAUUUAGACUAAUUAUAAACAAUACAUGUAUAAUUUUUAAGUGUACGCAUUUGCCGUAGAGAAUGUCCGAUUAUAUUUUCAUUUUUUAUGACAUCCUUAUACAUUGUCUUUGAAUUCUGUGUAUUCAUGAUACAUUCGUAACAUUUAGAGAUUUAUUGGUAAUAACUAUUAUUAUUACUAAUGCUACCAUUAAUUACUUAAUUUCAUUACGAUGUGUUAACUAUAUUUCUAUUGAUAUUAUCCAUUUUGAGAUUAUUGUUUAUUCAUUACUAUUACAUGUUAAUCUAUUGCAUUUAUUGUUCAUUGAUUAUCUAACGUGACUAAUAAAAAACAACUAAUAAAAACCCAUUGAAUGCAUGUUGUUUUAAAAACCAAAGAUUUAUAUAAAUAUAGAUAUUACAAUUUUUACUUUCCCAUUGACAAGUGUAAUAAUUAAGCAAUGAUGUUGACAAUUGUGGUUUGCCCGAUUUAUAAAUACUGCAAAAUUUCUUAGUUUCUUUAUUCAAAGUUAUUAAUUAAUGGCAUUUGGCCGAUUUGCGUAACUUCUAUGCAUUACUCUCACAACAUACAUCAUUAUUUUUCUAUCAUACUUUAGAAACAUGUAAUAACGUUCUUGAUCCUAUGUGCAAUGUAUUCAUUUUAUAAUUUAUAAAACAAAAUAAUAAAGUAUCAAAAUUAUACUUACUGUUGACUUUUACUGCAUGAUUAACAAAACAAUCAUCUAUUUGUAUAUUCAAACAUCUGUUAAGAUACACACUUCAUCAUAGAAUAAUUUCAUGCGAAAAUCCACUUGAACAAAGACUGUCGUACUGAAACGAUCACACAUCAAUGCAUAAACAAUUUUUUUUAUAUUAUAAAUUAUUAUUUGUUCCACUGUAUCAUGAAGAAAAUAAUCUGACGAAUGAAGACAAAAUCUGAGCAUCCAAUACAAAAUCAAACAAUCUUUACAUUAAAAACAUACAGAAGAAAAACUAAUAUAUAUUUCAACGUUUUCUUCAUUCAUUUCUGUUUGUUUAAUUGAUGUCUAUAACUCUGCAACUUACUAUCAUGUUUAUUUUCUGUUGGCUUACUAGAAAUUAGCGACUUUCAAACAUUUAUAUGUGCUACAUUUUCUUUUUUGCUUUGAAUACGACAAAAUACAAGAAUCACGCAAAAGAAAUGAUGUAAAUGAAGCUGCACUCUUUCGUACCCUACAAAUAUGUAAAAACUAAGAUUGCGAUGAGAUUCAGACGAUAAUUGAAGUUUGAAAGAAUCAUCCGCGAGUAAUUUUAACAUAUAUCAUUGACAUCCCAUCAGAAUGAAAUUUGAAAUAAAAUAUUGUUGAAAGCACAUUAUGGAAAUUCAAGAGAAGUCCUGUAUAAUCCACUUAUUUACUGCACAAAUUCAAUCCUACACAAUAAUUAGGAACAAACUGCGAGAUAUUUUAAUAAUUAUAACCAUAAUGGAGGCUUCAUUAGUCCCGAUGGACUCUGCAAUGCCCUUUACACGUCUGUUUAUGAGAAAGAUAUACAAUCUCGUUACAAUAAUACCUUUAUAUGAAGAUGUAGGUGGCUGUGUUUAUUAAUUGUAAAAAGCUAAUUGGUGUAACAUAUUAUAAAUGUUGUGGUACAAUACAUUCAGCGUAAGACAGAUAUUUAAUAACUUGUGGCUGAAAAUCUGUCAAACGUUGUUUUCCUGAAAAAAAAAAUCAUUCUUUUUCGCUUAGCUUAGACAUUUAUAAAUCUGAUUUUCAUUGUAUCAUCCAUUUUAGUAAACUUAUACCAGGAACGGAACCUAAAUCCAUGAGUGAAAAACACGAAAAGCGAAUGUAAUCACUAAUUAUAUUUCGUACAUUCAGUCGCUUAUUAAUUUUCCGCUCUAAUCAUUUACUUCUGUUCGUGUAGUAUUAAAGAACUUUUGUGAUGGCAAGAUACAAUGUAGUAUUAUAAAUGUACAUGGAAUUCAUGUAAGUUGAAUCAUUUAAGGUAUUGAUCACCGAACGACUUGAGGAAAUUAGGCUUCUUUAUCGACGUCAUUCCUAUAAUAAUCAUUUUGUACGUUACCACGUUAAUGUUUUCGUGUGACUUAGAAAUAUCGUCACCAAUGAUACAUUUGUUCUAAAAUCAACAUUUAUUUCAACAUUGAACGGGACAAAAAUAUUACUUGCUCUUUUGGUGAGAUUGUUAGUCUAAAUGAGCCAUUAGCGAAGUAAAAGUGAUGAUUUGUUUGAAUGUCCAUCAAAGUCGACUUUUAUCAUUUUAUUUAAACAAUCCGAAGGGUUCUAUAAAAAAUUUCAGCUAUUUUGAACCUUUAAACGCCAUUUUGAGAAAUUUGCAUAAAGAAAAUGAGCAAACGAAGUCGAUGAAAGAGUAAAAUAGAGUAAGAUUUGCUAAAGAGCUUUGCAAUAUAAACCGAUUAUUAAACAAACGAUAAAAGCGUAUAGAUUGCAGUCAUCUUGUAGCAAGUAUAUGUGGGCUGGCCUCUUAGCCAUUUUUACCAAUUACAAAGCCGGAAUAUUAGCAAAUAAGUAAUUGUUUAAUGGAGGUAUAUGUAGUUAAGAUAAAAACUGAAAAUUCUGGAUACCCAGAUGGAAAAUGUUCGAUGGUUUCGUUCGGCUUGUACUAGCUGAUUUCCGAUUUUGCAGGCGCAUGCAAUAAUGCUAGAAUGCAGUUCAGCGCAGAGCUCCAAAAAUUUUGCUUGUAGAUCCUCAGGAGAGGAAAAACUAGUAUACGUAGGAAGCCAUGCCGAAGCCAUCGAAUAAGAGGAACAAGCAGACGUUGGCAACCUUGGAAUGAGCACUAAACCAUACACACACUAAAUAUAAUUAUAUGUAUACCUCUACCUUAUUAUGUGUUUUUCCACUUAGUUUGAUAAGAAAACGACUUGAGAUUUACAAAUGGGAGAACAAAGUUUUAUGUGUAAAAAUAAGGUAUUUGGUUUGGAAACUGUUCAUAAUAAACUAACUAUCUUAAAAAGGUAUACCUAUUAAAGAUAUAUGAUAUACACUGUGACGAUCAUGGUAAUAUUAUAUAUAUAUUAUAUAUUUCACGUUUAAUGCUUAUAUAUUUGUAUAUGAUUGGACGGCUAAUUAGAAUAUAAAUAUGCGCUUUGACCAGAAUCGCGUGUUGCGCGCGCACACAACAUACAUACACAUACACACGUAUAUAUACACACACACACACUCACUCACACACACGUCUAGUAGUUUUCUACAAUAAUAUGAGCCGUGUUUAGUCCUUCGAAUACGCGAUCUCUUAUCGCAACGUUCACUUUGAAUUAAGCAUUUGAACGACAAUGUUUUUGAGAUACAAGAGCAUUUGUUGCUUUUAAAACCGUCCUUAUAGAAAUUUAACUACUAAUAGUGCGUAAUAAGCUUACACUGAAAUCAGUUUUCCAUUGGAAUAUAUAAAUAAUACAAAACAUUUUGGUCGCGGCGAUUCUGGUCGAACGAUGGAUGUAAAACGCAUGAUAAAACCGAAAACGAUAAGAAUAUUUUAGAUAUAUUGAAAAAAAAGAUGAAAAAAAUACUGUCAGAGAAAAACCAGCAAAUUAGUAGCAAGUUAUACCACAUAAGUGUACUAUGUCAUCGGCGUAACAGCAGUUUAGGAACAAUUAAUCCAAACGAGUCAAGAACAAAAGGACAAAAUCUACACGUAACUUCUUGUAAGUCGCAUACGAAACUCACUUCUAUACAUUUGUACGAGUAAAUAAUUACUGUAUACACGCAAGUGGACAAUUAAUAAGACACACACAGCCCAGAGCGUCUACCAAAUCUCAAGAAACUAUUAAACAAUAAGUACAUUAUGUGAGCUGAUUUUCGCUAUAUAAAUGAAUAAAAAUGGAACAAUAUAAA